GAAAACAGAGGACGAAGCAAGGCAAAUUAGCAAAGCAGACCAAAUAUGGAAAACUGCUACUUAUAGUAACUCCAUCUUUUCAUGCAAUACCCUAAUUUUGAGAAGAAGAUGGGGAGAGGAAGGAUUGAGAUUAAGAAGAUUGAGAAUGUGAACAGUCGUCAAGUCACUUUCUCCAAAAGACGUAACGGGCUGAUGAAGAAGGCCAGAGAGCUUUCUAUACUCUGUGACGCUGAGGUUGCUCUUAUCAUCUUCUCUAGCACCGGCAAGGCUUACGAUUUCUCCAGUGGCUGUAUGGAGCAAACCCUUUCAAGAUAUGGAUACAGUGGUGCGUCGGCUGAUCAUAAACAAAGAGAAGGAGAACAACAACUUCUACUCUGUUCUUCACAAGAGAACGGUGUUGUGUUGCCAAAAGAAGAUGCUAUGAAGUCCGAAGUUGAGAGAUUACAGCUUGCAAUUCAGAGGCUGAAGGGUAAGGAGCUUGAGGGUAUGAGUUUCUCGGAUCUUAUCUCUCUUGAGAACCAGUUGAAUGAUAGCUUGCAUAGCGUCAAGGAUCAAAAGACUCAAAUCCUGCUCAAUCAGGUAGAAAGAUCCCGGUUAAAGGAGAAAAGAGCAUUGGAAGAGAACCAAAUCUUGCGUAAACAGGUAGAGAUGUUGGGGAGAGGUUCAUCAGGACCAAAAGGGCUGAGUGAAAUACCUCAGUUCUCUAGCCCACAAGCAGAGCCUGAGAGCUCUUCAUCAGACGAUGAUCACGAGAAUGACCACCAUUCCGACACUUCCUUGCAGCUGGGGUUGUCGUCAUCGGGGUAUUGGACAAAGAGAAAGAAGCCGAAGAUUGAAUCGCUCUGUGAUAACUCUGGAAGUCAAGUUGCUUCUGAUUGAUUAAUAUCUCCUAAUUAUGGUGUUUAGUAGAGGUUUUAAUGGUGUAUUCUCAUUGUUUCUCAAGUAGAGUUUGAAUUAUGUAUUUAGGCGAACCAUUUUUCCUUUUUAUCAAGAAGGAUUUGAAUUAAGUUAC